AUGUUCAGAAAGAAGGUGGAAGAAGUGUGCUCUCCCAUCCUGACGUUCUGGGCCCAGGCAACUGUGGUGGAUAUUGAUGCCAUGAUGAAAAAAUUCAGCAGCAUCCUCUACACACUGACCGUUGUACUCGGCAUCACGGGGAACUCUGUGGUGAUCUGGGUGGCUGGAUUCAAACUUAAGCUGACAGUCACCAACGUGUGGCUGGUGAACCUGGCGAUAGCAGACCUGAUCUUCUGCUUCACAUGGGUUUUCUCCCUCGCUCAGAUGCUCUUCUUUGACCACUGGCCUUUUGGCCUCUUCGUCUGCAAGUUCUAUGGCUUCUUCAAAUAUACCAACAAGUUCUGCUCUGUCUUCCUGCUGGCUGUGAUCAGUCUAGAUCGAGUGCUCUGCAUCUGGCAGCCCGUCCUCACAAAGCAGCGACGCACCAUGUGGGCAGCGAGGGUGGUGGCAGUCUGCAUCUGGAUCGUGGCGAUUCUUUUCAGCAUUCCCUAUGUCAUUAAUUGUCAAAUGUACAUGGACAACAAAAACUUGAGUUGGUGUUCUGUGGACCCAAUAGAGAAUCCAGAGGGGUACAACAGCACCAAAGUAGCUCUCUACUCCAUCCGCUUCCUGUGCGGCUUCAUAUUACCCUUCAUAGUGAUUCUCGUCUGUUACAUCCUGGCUGGAGUAGGCAUCCGACGCACCCGCCUGUCAGGGAAGUCCCGCCCCUUGCGUAUCAUAGCAUGUUUGGUCAUUGCCUUUUUCCUGUGCUGGGCGCCAUACCACUGCCUCUUACUGGUGAAGAUGGUGGACAAUGAAAAUGCAGUGGUGAAAAUCUGGUACCCUGUAGCAAAGGGUGUUGCCUACUUUAACAGCUGUAUAAACCCACUGUUGUAUUUUUGCAUGGGUCUAAAAAUGAAUGAGGGAUUUAAACAGAGUGUGACAAGAGUUUAUAGAAGAGCUUUGGCAGAUGAAAUGGAAGGCCAGACUACUCAGUCCACUGAUCACUCUUAG